AUGAAUACACCGACUUCAGUCUCUCCGAGUAAUAACAAUAUCAAACGACUUCCAACAAAUCAACAUUUUCUUGCAACAACUUCAACCGAUUUGAAUGUUGUGAGUAGCACUAUUCGGAAUGAUUGCUCUUCGCCACAAUCUCAUACGUCGCCCAUUAUCAGUGAUGUUUGUAUGAGCAGUCAAAAUAGUGUUCGAAAUCCAUCGACCAUGAUGAAAUUCAAAGACGUUGAUUCAUCUAAUGGUAACCAUUUCAAUGAAAAAUACGCGUUCACUCUGGACUUUUCAUCGCCGGUGUCUAAAACAAAAUCCGAACAUAAUCGAACUUCGCAAAAUUACACAUUCGAAAUGUCAACUAACGACGAGCAAGAUCUUCACUCUCCUUUUGAAUUGGAUGUUCCAAUUUGUGAAAAUCAGCCAGUGAAGAAAAUUCAGAAUGAUUUUCUUAUCGAUCGAAUGUUAAAAGAUGAAACAAACUCGAAUUAUUCAUCUCAACAUCGAUCGAUCAAUCAAUCAUCGUACACAAAUGUUCUCAAUCAUUCAUCUCCACUUGUAACACCCUCCUCUGAUCAUCACGAUAUUGAUGCAUUAAGUGAUGCAGGUACUUACAUUAUUGAAGAUGAUCUGGACAUUGCACACGAUGACGAACCUGAACAAGAUAUCGAAGAACCACCACCACAACAACAACAACAACACAAUGACACUCAAGAAUCGAUUUCUUCACCAUUGUCAACUUCAUCACCGUUUAAACGAUACGCAACCACUAAACGAAAUCGUCAUGGCACAUUUGAUAUUCAUGGAAUAUCAUCAUCAUCAUCAACAGCAACAUCUACACAUGCGGUUACUCGUCCUAUUGUUGAUUUAAAUAUUCCAACACAUGACUUAUCCUCACCAUCGUCAUCGUCAUCAGCUAAUCUAUCGUCAUCGUCCUCGUUACUUUCACUACCCACAGAAAGUGAAAAUAGUAUACGAAAAGAACGUGAAGAUGUUUCACAUAAGAUCAAUGGUACUAAGUCUUCUAAUGGACUAACUUAUGUCAGACAGAGACCAAAUACUCUUCUAUCACAACGUCCUAUCACUCCUCCACAAAAUCAGAUCAAACCAGCAGAAUGUUUCGUUAUUUCACCAACGUUGGACACGAAACCUUUUCCAAACAAUAUUGGCAAUGGUUCACGACGAAAACUCGAUGCUCAAUGGAAAACAAAAUUAUCGUCUUCGGCUAUGCCAACAAAAGACACGAAUGUCGAAAUUUUAACGAAGAAAUCACCUCCAUCACCACAACUAUCGACUCAUUCAAAUCAAAGUGACACCGAUCGAUACUCAUUUCGUCUUCGACAGCAGCCGCGCAAUCCCGAUGCGAAACCACAGCCAUCACGUUAUCUCGAAACGAAAACUCAACAACCAUCAGUACCUGCAACAAAUGCGAAAUCUUCGUAUCAAAAUUCCGAAUAUACAUCAUCUAAGUCAACUCUUCGACCACAUUCAUCUACUAAUGACCAAUCGUAUUCAUCACCAUUUCAAAGGAAUGCCACUAUCCGUCAAACAAUGCCAGCAAGUACACAAUACAAUCGACCAAUGUCGUCAUCAACAACUAAUAAAUAUCUCGAUGAUCAUGAAGAAGUUUCAUCAACGCAUCCAAGUUUAACGAAAGUUUAUAUGAAUAAAUCAUUUGCAUUGCGUCGACAACGCUCAAAUCUUGUUCCAUCAGGAGCAACAGCCACAGCUAAACCUGGACAACAGCAGCAGCAGCAGCAACCGCAACAAUCUUCACAACAGUCACUCGUAUCUCGAACGUUACCAUCACGUCAAUUACUGAAGUCAACCCCUUCCGCACCGUCAGCCAACAAUUCUGGCGGACAAACGAAUCGUGCUGUUGAAUUACGUCGUGCACGUGCACAAGCUAAAAUCGAGGAGUUAGCACAACGCACUAGACAUCAAUUGCAAAAAAGUGAACAACAAAAUGAUCUUAUGAGCGCAUCAUGGCAUAGUAAUGCCAGUAGUACAAGUAAAAAAGAUCUUUUUGGUCUUCGUGCUAAUCCACGUUCGACUAAUAAUAAUCAUCUGUCCGCACAAAAGCAAGAUUUGUCCAAAACCAGAACUAUAUCAUCAUCAUCACAUCAUCGCUCAUCAUCAGCAAGUCCAAAUCCUCUUGGAGAAACGAUGACAUCAUCGAUGCCUACGAAACCAUCAAAAUAUCGAAAAGGAAUGACAUCAAGUGUGACCGAUGAAACACAAUAUCAACGAAUGCACGGAAGUACUUUCAGUGAAGGAGAUCGUUGUGAGUCAUUACGUGAUGAUGGACAAAGACUGGCAAUAAAAUUAAUCCAACUUUCAUCAGGAAUUUUAGCCAAACUCAAACCGCAUAACAUCACUGACGACAAUGAUUCAAAUGUUCGCGAAUUAGAACAACUUGUUGAUCAACUCCAAACAGUUAAUCGAACAUUGACCACAAUCGAUGCCUCAUUAAAUGGUCCAAUCAGUGAUGAAUCUUUAAUUUAA